CGAAAAAUGUAAAAACGAAAACACGAGAGUCUACUUUACGACCCGAAAACGAUUUGCGGGAGAACCGAAAGCGUUUUUAGUAAAACAUUGCAUCGAAUCGAUCAACCUCAGGACGAUGAUGGAGGAGGAGGAGGGUAGAGAGGGAGGAGGAGGAGGAAAGGUUUGUGCGCUGAUAGAGAAGGCGACGAAUUCCUCUGCGCCGGAGGUGGACCCUCGGCUUCUUAAGUCCAUCAAAUCCCUAGUCCGCUAUUCGGAUUCGGAGCUUCGACUCGCCGCCCAGACCUUGAUGUCCCUCAUGAAGCGAGACCAUUCUCAGGUGCGGUACCUGGCACUUCUCAUAAUUGAUGAACUGUUCAUGCGGUCAAAGCUUUUCAGAACUCUCCUCGUUGUGAACUUAGAUCAGUUACUGAGUUUAAGUGUUGGAUUUAGGAGAAACCUUCCGCUCCCUGCUCCUCCUGCUGUUGCAUCUGUUUUGCGGUCAAAGGCGAUCGAGUUCUUAGAGAAGUGGAAUGCUUCAUUUGGGAUUCAUUAUAGACAACUCAGACUAGGAUUUGACUACCUGAAAAACACUCUUCGGUUCCAAUUUCCUAAUUUACAGGCAAAUUCUGCUCGAAUUCAGCAGCAAAGAAGGGAAAGGGAGAUGAGGUCAAAAGAGAUAUUAUUGAGCAAGUUUGAAACACUCAAGGGAAAUAUUUCUUCCAUCAAGGAUGAAAUACAGUCAACAAUUGGUGAGAUUGCGGAAUGUUUGGACAUUGUGCAUGCUAAAGAUGAAGUUAUCCCACUGGCGCCCAUUGAUGAUGAAGAAAUUGAGGAGUUCCGAAGUUCUGAACUGCGGCAGAUUCGUCUUGAUUCACUUAAAGAAGGGGAAAAGGUUCAUGAGAAUAGUGAUAAUAAAGUGGUUUUUGAUGCAUUGAGAGAGCAAUACAAGCUGCUAGUGACAAGGCAUUUGGUUUCAGUGCAGGAAUGGAUUUCUGUUCUUGUAAGAGUUGAAAUAGCAGACAAGAGAUUUAGAGAUUCCACAUUAAAAGAGUUCAUUGAUAUCCGAAAUCAUAUCCAAUCUGUGAAGAAGAAGUGUGAAGAAUCUGGCUGUGUUCUUCCUAAUGCUAUUAAUAAUGAGGAAGAAGAUAUCUGGGAGGAGGGUAAGAUUGAACCUUUUAAGAAUGGGAGCUCAACUGUACCCAGCAAGCAAAUUGAAGAUCUUCCCAUGGUCAGAAUGUCAAAUGAGGUGCAAAAUGGAACUCCUGAGCAUGGGAAUAAAGUGCCAAAUGGCAAUGAAAUGCUGGAUCGUGAAUGUUGUGGAUCUGAUUCAAACUCUUUGAGGGGUAAGCUUUUGGCUGAAGCUCCUGUCAUGAAGUGGGGCUCUUUCUUGGAUAACUGGGGUUUGAACCGGGACAUUCUGGCUAAUCAGAGGGGAUUAGAGCUAGAAGGUCAUUGGGGUCGAGUGGACAAUGAUGCGGUUAUUCCUGCUGAGAAAAUUGCAGAGUUAAAUGUUCAGACAACUCUUUACAAAGAAGAGCAUGUUGAAAUACAACCAUGCCGAGCCCCUUUGGGCAAAGGGAGGCUUUGUCAAAGAAGAGAUUUGAGAGUUUGCCCAUUUCAUGGGCCCAUCAUACCUCGAGAUGAUGAAGGAAAACCAAUUUACGAGAGCUCUUCAACGGACAUAAUAGAUCUUGAUGUGGGGAAUAAUUUAGUGAAUAAGUUGGCUAAGCAGGCAGUUAUGAAUGUUAGAGAUAGAGAUAAAGAGGCAGCAAAGAAGAGAGAAUAUGAUAAGCAGUCUUUGAAACGCGCAAAGCUUGCAAAGGUUAGGGAACACAAUGAUGCAGUUUUACGUGAAGCUGCCUUGGCUUCAACUUCAAGAUCUGCAGUUGUUGUGGAAGAUUUGGAGGCAAUGAAGGCAGAGAAAUCCUCCAACAGGAAAGAGAAGCAAACCCUAGCAUCCAUGUUGCGUAAGAAGGUGACUAGAAAAGAUAGGUUAGGUCAAAGGCUUUUGAAUACUCGAGCAAGGGAUUCAACAAGAAGGCAGCUGACACUGGGUGAGGAUUCAAAGUACAGGGAAGCUUUCCCAAAUCAAUGGUAGAUGGGUACUUCCAUGUCUAGCUAUAAGGCUUUCUAGGAGAAUUGGCAUUCCAUGGAUGCAUGUGCUGCUAAUGGAGCAUCAUUUGCAGGAUAUUUUAUGAGGUUACGGUUUCCUUGAUCAGUUUUGAAUGAGUAUUUUCCUGUCAAGCGAAAGGGCUUUCUUGGAGGUGGUUGUAGUGGAGAGAUUGUUUAUGGUUCAUUCUUGCCAUGCAAAAGUCUAGAAAACAAAAGGAAAAGGAAGAUUGAGGAUGUGAGGCAUUGCCAGUUGUUAUGUCUGAUGUAACUGAAAAGUAUUGCCAUUCAGUUUUUAUGCUGUUGACAUAGAUGCAAUUUAGGCUUUGAGGAAAGUGGAAUAUUUGAAGGAAACAGUAUGAGGGUUGCUGUUGUACAUGUAUAAGUUGUCUUUUAUAAUUUACCCUUUCUUAGAUUUUAUUCAAUGCAGAUAAAUAAAUGUGAAGCUUGUUUGUAUAUUAAUAAUAAAUAACCAUGAAUUGUUUUCCUCUGAA